GCUUGUUCUAAAUACAGUUGAUUUUAUCCAUGUAAAAUCAAUUACUUGUAUACUUUUUGAUUGUUAGUGAACGUUUGAUCCGCAUCCCAAUUAGAAGUUCACGUUGAAUGAGUUUUACAGCGAAGGCCGUUAACGAGCGUCUGAAGCUAAUAACAUAUCAUUGAAUGCAUAUUGGGCAAAAUAUUGUUUUUUAAUAAUAGGACACGAUGACUUUUUACAAAGCUAAUAUAUUUGAUUGCUAGUUAUGCCUUAAUGAUUCUGCAAAGUCACACUAAGUUAGGUCAGGGUGGACGAAUAUAUAAACUUGCCACCAACUUCGGUUUGUCAACAGUGAGACAACCCAUCUAGCUCAAAAAGUUCUAAAGGUCCGCAUAAAAAUGAACGGAUUGUGUGUGUUUUUCCUGCUACUUUUGGCUGCAGUAGUGAAAUCAGAUUUUGAUUUCAGCAACUACAAAGAAUUCGAACACCUGGCGGGAGAUCAGCGGGAAAAAGCGGUCAGCAUAUUCAAAGAAUGCAUGGCUGAAACAGGCGCGACCCACGAAAUGAUGGAAAAAUCUGUGGAAGGCGAUAUACCUGAUGACAUCGUUUUCAAGAACCACUUGGUUUGCAUUGGAAAGAAAAGUGGAUUUAUCGACGAAAAUGGAUUGCACAGCAAGGAGAAGCUGAAGGAGAAACUAACACUUUUACUUGGCGAUGAAGGGUUGGUGGACAAGAUUUUGGAUAAGUGUUUCAUGGAGAAAGGCACUCCUCAAGAUACAGCUUUUGAGCUAGCGAAGUGCUGCCAUAAGGAGUACCACAACUAGCGUUGAUUUUAUUGCUGUUUUAUAAUAUUUAGUACAUUUUAAAUAUAUCACCUCUUAGAAAUAUAGCAGUACGCAUCAUCA